AUGGCCUCACGCGCAAUGUCGAUGCCGGCCCGCCGCCUGGCCGCCAGCCUCUCCACUCCCGCCAUGACCCGUCGCAGCUUCCAGAGCUCAGCACGCCUGCUCGAGGUGCCGGCAGGAGCCAUGCCCGUCCGCAAGCCCGUCGGUGCUUUCCGUGGAGGGNUACGAAUCACAUGCCUCUUCAACUCUCGCCCUUCUUCCAUCUUCCGCCAUCCCGGCCAGAGCCCGUCGCGUGACUUGACUGACAUGUGCCCCUACAGUAUUCUUGGUUUCCUCUCUGGAGCCGUCUUGAGCGGAGGAGCCCUGUACUACUAUGUCAUUGACGAGUACCGCGUCUCCAACGAGCUGUUGACCGAGGACAUCUACGUGAGUUUGCCGCAUGCUUGCGCCAGCGAGAGCAACCAAGACUAA